CGGGAUGAAAGGAAAGCAACCAUAAAUAAGGGCCAGGAACGGGAACAGGCAAGGCACAGGAACAGGAACACCCAGAGAACCCCACAUUCCUGCCCUAAUUACGCAAUACUUGCACAUCCAAGGGUUCAGAGCGGGAAGGUACGCAUUACUGCUUCCGCAGACAGGUCAGGGUCGACUGGGCCAACUCCCACAGGUACAUAAUUCUUCCUUUGGUGCAAAGCGGCGUGGCACACUGCCAGUACAAGGCGACGAGAUGCCCAGCAAAGGGGUCCACGUCUUCACCUACAUUGCAGCGCACGGCUGCUCCAUCGAGCUGUCGGUACCGGGACGGACUGUUACGGUUAAGGAGCUGCACCGCUUCUCGGACGUCGCGCUCGAGGUAGAGUCGUCGGAGAUCAAAAGCCUCUUCGAUAAGCGAGGCAAGUUCAUCUUCAAGGUCUUCCGGAAUGGUAAACAGAUCACGGAGCAAUGGAUCGACGUGAAUGCCAUCACGGGUAACGCCAGUGGUGGCACCAUGGAGUCCAUUGCCGACACACCCUCCAUCUUCCACGACGACCUCAUCGUCUCGUACGGCCUGUACGAGGCCGGCAAGGGCCAUGACCUACUGCCCAAUCGCCACCAGUGCUACGUCACCGUCAGCCCCAAUUAUGAACGGUGGAUGGCCAAGCUGGCGCCCCCGGGCUCCGAGCUGGAGAAGAAGCCCUUCCGCCGGCUCGUUCUGCCCUCGGCCCACGAUGUGGGCAUGAACAGCAUGGAAAGCAGCGACGCGGUGCUGCGGUGCGUCGGCGGCGCCGUCGUCGGCCAACUCAUCAACGACAACCGCGUCCUGACCAAGCUCGCCGACAAGUUGUCGGCCGACGCCAUUGCCCUCAUCGCGCCCAACAUCAUCUACAGCCUGGCCAUCACCCAGAAAGACUCCCUCGAGGCCAUGCUCAAGAUCGGCGCCCGCUACUUCGAGUUCCGCCCCGCGCGCCUCCACACCGCCGUCCGUUCCAAGGGCGCCCUCCCCGACCGCCUGUACUUCCAGCACAGCGCCAUCCCGGGCAUGGCGUACGACGCCUUUCUGGCCGGCGUCGUGUCCUUCUUGCGCGCCCACCCGGCCGAGAUCAUCGUGGUGCAGCUGCGCUGGGACGGCGUGCCCGACGCGUGCGCCAAGCCGUUGGCCGAGGAGAAGAAGCGCUACCUCGAGGACGCGCUGCGCCCGGCCAAGGGCGAGAUCGUGGCCGGCAACCUGCAGGACAUGAAGAAGCUGACCAUCGAGCAGCUGCGCCGGGACCGCAAGCGCCUCAUCAUGCUCGACAGCGUCGACUCGCUGUCCACGUACACGGACGAGGGCAACGCCACCCUCACCGGGGACAGCAUCCUCCAGGCCCUGCCCCGCGUGCUGACGCGGGAGAACCAGCGGGGCAAGGCAUUUAUUAACAUCCAGUGCCAGGCGACAGCCUCCAACAUCACAAAGGCGGUCGUCUACUCUGUUCUGGAAGCCGGCGCCACCACUAGCUGCCUGUUGGCGACCAAGGGCUUGUGCGACCACAAGACGCUGCCCUGGUGCAGGGAUAACGUCCUACGCACCUGUGAUCCGGACCAGCUGGUCGUCCUGAUGAACGAUUUUAUAGACGGCGCCACGGCUGACGUUGCCGUGCAGCUGAGCAGACAACGGCUGGAGAAGUGAGGGGGAAGAAAGAUCUAUUGUCGCGCAUUUUUUACGAAUGCAAUGAUGUAUGAUUUUCCUCUGCCUUUUUUUCGCCAUGAUCUGUCAAAUGCGCGCGGGGCCCCGAUGAACUAAACUAACAUUGGUAUCUCGUUUCGAUUGUAUGCAACAACUUUUUUGAUUUUGGAAACAGGGGCUUGGAUUCUCUUGUUAGCGUACUUGAGCGUUUAGCUUAACCGGGACUUUCUUCUGCAUGUCGACAUGGCAACGACAACGAC